AUAACAAUAAUAACGAAAAUAAGAUAUUUCACGUUACUAUCUCAUUGUCUCAAUCUCCUUUAUUUUAUCGAUCUAUCAAAUUUUAUCGAGCUAAUAAUACGAUUUUAUUCGAUCCAUCGUCGACGUGUUCAUGUAAAACGUUUUUUUUCUCGAGCAAUAACAUCUUCUAUUCGCGUUAAUGAAGUUUUAAUUGGUAUUACGAGCGAUGUCAUCGAUUUUAUCGCGAAAACAAAUUAUCGAGAGAAUAUAAUUAGCGAUUCCCUUUUUAUCGAGAAAGAGAGGGAAGGUUUUAAGAAAAGAAAAACAGAAAAAAGGCUAUGCAAUGAUGCGCAACGAGUUUCCAGUGAGUCGUCGAUGCGUGGCGACUUUUCUGACUAAGGAUCCUUAAUUAGAAUCAGACAAUUUAGGUGACGGUAGGAACACACCCUAAAGACUGCAGAAAACACUGCGUGGAUAGUCGCUGCAAGGAGAGAGGGGGAGAAGGUCAGAGCCCUCUAUUGGUGUCCUCGGAGGAGUGCAGGCUACGUUUUAUCGUGGCAACUGCAGUACGAGUCGACUGCAGUGGCUGUACGAGUUGGCCUAUGCCUGUCUCUGUUUGCUUGCUUGCUUGCUUUUCAGGGGUUCUCAUCCUUCAGUCAGAAUGGACCACACAAAAUGUCGUUAACCUUUAUCGAUUCGUUAUCAACUACUUGCUUUCCCAGUCACCUUCGGCGAUAUUAUUAACGGACACAUUGAUGAUACUACGAAGAACCAAAGUUAUCUUCGUAGCUGACCUUUCAUAUCUUUGAUCCCGAUCUAAAAAUCUAAAAUCAAAGGAGGAAUAGAAGACGAAGAAACGAAAUGAAAUAUUCGUUCACGAAUAAAAGAAAUGAUGACUUUUUUUUUCAACCUUAGAACAGAAUAUCGAAUUGAUUUCGAGGACGAGGUAUAUAUCGGUCGCAUUAAAUGGAAUUCAAGACGAGUGCUGCAGUUCUGGCACGUCUCUUUCGAGGGGUCUCAGCUGCUGAAAGUGAGACGCGUAUCGAUCGUAGGAACCAGAAAUAAAGACUAAGGAAAAAACGAAUGAGAUAUCCGGCAUUAUGUUCUGAACGUGACAAAGUCGAGUUAGAUAGUUAGGCACUUAACAUUCAGAAAGAGUACCGUUUUUAUAUUCUUCAAUCUAUCAAAUGGUUCCUUUGAUAUCAUGUUUUAUUACAAAUUAUUAUAUGAAUCUUUUAACUUCGUUUUUUAAGAUCCGUAAAUCUAUUAAACUCGAAUAUGUUAGAAUAAUCAAGAAUGUCUUUUAUUUCUAUCGAAAACAAUAGGGCCUCUGGUCUUGUCAUGCGAACAAACUUGUAAGUUUCCUUCCAUUUGAGAACGAGUCAGCAUGAUAAAAAUGUGUAACCUUACUGUACGACAAGACGCGUCUCUCUUUUCCUUUUCUUGCUCCGACUGCUCUCCCAAGUUUUUCAACGGUUCAUUGCUUUGUGGAAUCCAAUUAAACGCUAACGACGCUAUUCAUUAAAGAAAAUGUCCUAGUCCGUUGUUGAUGUUGUUGUUGCUGUCGUUGUUUGUAUAUACUUUCUAUCGUUUUUAUUACAUUGUUCUUAAUCGUUUUUGGGAGUUUUUGUUGAAACGACGAACACGACAUUCGCGAAUAACUUCUCAUGAUUGCAUGAUCCGCCUAACUCCAUUUUGCUUACAUAAUUCGAUCGAUCUAUUGAAUAUCGUCGAAUGGAAAAGCAAGCAAACGAACAAACAAAAAGUGAAGUAGUUUUAUAAGCCUAACCUAUUUUUUUGUAGCUUUACUUCAUUCGAAAGAACUCUGAUAAUUCGAACUAAUUUAAUAUAAAUGCUGAAGUAGGCUAAUCUAAUUGAGAACAGAAAAUAUUUUAUAAUGUAGGUAAAUACUCUUCGCGUAAAUGUUUCGGUAAAUUGAUUUACACGCAACGACUGUUAUAUAUAUCCUAUAACUUUUAUAUGACGUGUGUGUGUGUGUGUGGUUUGUGUGUGAUGCGCGUGUGCGCACGUGUGUGUAUGCAUACGUAUACAUAAACGUACAAGUUGAGAGACAAGUUUACUACCGUCACGGUAGCAGUUAUCGUAAAUAUGUUACUCUCUUUUUAUACGUAGUCGGGAAAGUACGAGCUCGGGUUCUAAAAUUUCUCCGAGUUCAAAUUCAUCCCUUUGGAAUAGCAAUAAAUUCUUACGAAAUUAACGAAUCGACUUUUUCCAAAUAAUCCAACGAUCAAUCGUUGCGUUCUUCCCUUUGUUUUCAAAUCCAAUUAUCGUUAAUUUGAUUAAAAAUUCAAAUCCUCUUCGUGUUUCCAAGAAAACAAAAAAAAAAAGAAAAAGAAAAGGACAACGCCCAAAUGUUGUCAUACGGAAGAAAAAUUUAUCGAAAAAGAAGAAGAAAACCAAAAAGGAAGAAGGAAAAGAGGGUUGACAGUUCACUGCCAAAUACGAAGCCCCUCUAGAAAUCUUUUCGAAAGCGUGCGCGAACAAGUUGAUGAAGGAGAGAAGAAGAGGGUUGAAGGGAGGGGAUGGGUUUUACGGAGUAGGGGACGAGAGGAAGGGUGAAAAAAUUGCGUACGAAUUCUACUGUGGUACUUGGGUGACUCUCACAGUAGGCAAUAGCGUAAUAGAGAGAGGGGUUGGUCAGACAGAUGGUAUUUUACGGGCGCACGUAGUCCUUCCACACACGUGCCUAGCGACCGGCUAGGCUGGAUCCAUAAUAUAGGCAUGUAGAAGCCGGUACGUCGGAGACCCGUUGGUAGCCCCGACGCAGAGGCGUCGUUCUUCACCGAUGGAGGGGUUGGUUGCUGCUCGGGUAUAGGUUGGGCUUCUCUGAGCGGGGUGGUUGAUGGGGCGCAGAACGCCAAGGUGGGUGGAUAUUGAGCGACGCCGGGCGUCGUGGCGCACCGUGUCGGAUCAGUCGCCCUCCAGCCACCGCCCCAGAUACGAGUUUGGAGCCACUUCCGGCGAUCCGCUACGCUGGUCCGACGUGUCCUCUAACUCUUUCUCUCUUUUUCUCUCUUUUUCUCUCUCUCUCUCUUUCUCUGUCUGUCCAUUACUUUUCCUUUUCUUUCUUUUUUGUCUAUCCGCUUAUCUACACCUAUAUUUCUUUCUUUCUAUUUUUCUCCCCUUUCUUCUUCCGUUUCUUUUCAUCAAGAAACAUACGCAACCCUCCGGUGACUUUAGAAGACACAGCUGAGAAAGGAACACCAGAAACAUGCUUAUCGGGCUAGUGCGCGACUCGAUGCUGCAGUGCUUCUGUCACAGCUGCAAAGCACCUUUGGAUAUCGUAGCGGGACAAAGGAAGGGUAAUGCGCCCUUCAAGAAGCCCACUGGAAAAGGGGCGCGAACCAAGCAACCGAAGAAAGUGAAGUUUAUUACGACCGAAAUACGAUGCCAAGAGAAAUCGAAGGGUGGUAUUUGCUAUGAGGUAAUCUUGGCAGAGCCAACGGCACCAAAGAGAGCACCGUCACCACCCCACACCGGGCCGACUCAACAGAUCCCUAUCGAGGAUAAGCUGAGGGAAGCAGAGCAAAGAAGAUUCACCUUGGAAUCUCAUAAGAUCGCAGCUCUUUCCGCGAAACUCAGCAAGAUCGAAGAGGUUGCUCGUAAGAAGGAUGAACUCAGCGCCGCAUUCAUAGCUGCUACUCGCGAAUCCUUGGACGCAAAGAUGAACAACACCGAAGAAAAGCGAGAAGCUCAUAUCGCAGAACUUAAGAAUAAAUUGAAGGAGCAUUUGGAGAGUGUAGAGAAGUCUCGUCUGAGUCUUGAACAGCAGACUGAAGAAGUACGAUGCGCUGUCGAAGAAAAACUCAAGACUGCUGCUGCUCAACGCGACGAGAAUAUUAAAAGGAUGUUGGAUCGCCUUAAGGAGCAUGAGGAACAAGCCGCUCGUGUACGUCAAGGUAUGACCGAACGUGUACAACAAUUGGAAUCUCAGAUUCAAGGCAAGCUUGACCAAGCUCGUGAACGCCGAGAAAGUUUGGAACGCGAACAAAAGGAAAAAUUACGUAAUUACGAGAAACGCGCAGAAAUCGUCAGGCAGAAGAAAGCUGCUAUGGACGGACAGAAAGGAAAAGGGGAGGAUCAAAAUAUCCUGCCCGUCGAAAACGAAACUGCCAGUUCUGGCUAAAUUAAUUUUUAUUUUUCAAAGUCUAAGCCUUCUCUUUGAUAAGCCUCCCUGCGUGUACUCGCAGAAAGAAUUGUUCGCUGGCGCGCCGUUUUGUCGACUGAAUAUUUUUAUUUAUUCAAUGAGUUUCUCAAGAUGACAAACUUCAUUUCUUUGUUCUUACUUAGUGUCGUAAUUACUAAUAAGAAUGAACUCUACAAACGAGAAAGGACCGCAAUCGAAAUUAAUAUUUAAUACAGUUACUUUUAAUUUACCUUGCAAUUAUUAUCUAAUUUAAUUUUAUUCAAUAAUAAUAUUUAGAUUAAAUAUUAAUUCUUUUUUGCGAUCCUUUCAUAGAAUUCAUUUUUAUUAUCGCAUUACGAUAUUAAAUAACUUAAAACAAAUGAAAGAUAUAAUCUUAUUUGUCAUCUUUAAUUAUUCAAUUAAUAAAUAAAAAUUUUUAGCCAACAAGGCGGCUUAGACUUUGCGUUAAUUGUUUUUGUGUUUUUUCUUUUAUUUCCUUAUCGAUACGUGCAUAAAACACUGCCUUCUAUCUUUCUACGAUGUUGUUCUAUAAUCUAAAUAUUAUUAUUUUAUGAGUUUUACAAACAGAUCUUAUCUUGAAUAGAAUUAUGUGUUACAAUGUAUUAGGUCACUUUUUUGCUUGCACAAUCGAGAAAAUAAAAAACAAAAAAACAAUACAACAAAACUAACCACGCGCAGAGUAUUUGACGUAAUUCUUUUUAUUUCGCUACGUCUUAAGAGUAUAUUUUGUUUUUUUUUUUUUUUAUGGUUAUGCUAUUGUUACUAGACGUUUAUUAAUGUUUUCUAGCCUUAACGAUUAUUUUUUUACCGAUUAAUGAUUAGAAAUUACAUGCGUGAUAAUCACAUUGGCUGUUAUCUCUAACGACUGAAAUAAUUCAACGUUUAUAUUCGUAACGUCAUCGGAGCUUUCAUUCUCAGCACACGCAGCUUUUUCUUUCGUUUUUAACUUCGUUUUUAGAAUAAAUAAUAGAUAAUUAUUACCGCUAUAGUUAGAUAUUAAGUGAUAAUUGCGGCCAUAUGUGUGUUCACAUACCAUAUAUAUUGACGUACAUAUGUGGUAUGUGCCGACAUAUAAGCACAUUUAUAACAUAUAUAUAUAUAUUAUAACAGUGCUUUAUACUAGGCUUGAAAAACUUGAAACCAUUUUAUACUCGAUCAUUGUAAUAUUACUGCGCUAACAGAACGACAACAUUCACAAAUAUAUAGUCUAAUUGAAUAUGAUAAUAUGAUGCUUCUGUGAUGACCUAAUUAUUUGUCAAAAUGUGUAGUGGCAAAGUGAGAGAGUGCGCGAGAGAAUGAGUGAAAAAGAAAAGAGGAAGGGAAAAAAAACGAAGAGUCAGAGUGAAAGAAAGAGAUUCCUCUAUGCUCGUAUAAAUACCGUGGCUAGAGGGUUUAUAUCUUUCGUGUUAUAUAUCAUCGCUGGAAGGGUUUUUUUUAAAAAAAAAAAAAAUCUCCUUUAAUAGUAAUACGAAAGAUUUAUUUGAUCUGGAACAACAUUCUUCAAAGGGCUAUUGCAUUUUCUUCAUAUAUAUUUAUAUAUAUUAUAUAUUUUCUUUUUCUUUUUUAUAUAAUAGUUUGUUAACGAUUUCGAAGAGACAAAAAUAAAAAAAGAAAUCGUAACGUAAAGUUUAAUCACAGCUCUGGUCACGGUAUUGUUACAAAAAUUGCACGGGUACAAAACAAACACAUUUGCAAAAGUGAUAAUGAAAUUUAAUUGCAUUCAUUCGCUCUUAAUUAUUUCUUUCGUCCUUCAUACCAUUUUCGCGAGUGGUCUUUCGUAAAACUUUGAAAUGUCUGUUACGGAAUUAGAAAAAUUUACAAAGGAUUUUUUGCGACGAGCGAUUUACGAUAUAUAUAUAUGUGGUACAGAGAAUAAAUACGAGCGGAUGGCGAAGAGUGAAAAUUUUUAUACGCGAGUAUUUUUUAUUUUAAAGAUGUCGAAUAUUAUCAUUUGUUCCGCGCGACAGACCGAAGGAAGCAACACAUUCUCGACGUUCGUACAAUCCUGGCUAUAUUUUCCUUCCGAAGAAGCAAGAAACAAGUGACCUUUAUUUUUACAUAUGUAGUUAUUGCAAUCUUUUGGCGUAAUGUAAUUCGAUAAUAUUUGCACGUGUGCGUACGUUACGAUUUUUUCUUAAUUUGUUUCUUUUUCGUUUAAUUUUUCGUUAUAAUACGUAAAUAAAAAAGUAUAUAUAUAUAAAUAUAUAGAUUAUAUAUAUAUAUAUAGACCUAUAUAGAUUUCUACGCGAUGAUAUAUAUAUAGUUAUACAAUGUGUGUAUGGUUUCAUGUGAGCUUUGGUAUUGUCUCUUAGUGGCACAACGACAGAAGCAAGUUAAGAUGCGAGAAAUUUGAAAGAAAAGAACAAAAAAAAAAAAAAGAAUAAAAUGCUCGAUCAUAUAAAAAUUCAAAAUCAUUGAAAGGCAUUUUUUGUGCAAUUGGCUGCCUUUGAAAUUAAUUUCAUUUGUGUCGAAGAUUAAUAUGUGUUCGGAAGAAAUCCUGGUUGUGUGAAGUAAAAGGCCGUACCUACACGCAA